ACAACCAAGAUGGCCACCUUUGACAACCACAGCAACACAAACCAAACAGGAUACCGUGCCUCGUACUGUCAAUUCAAUGAAGAUUUUAAAUACAUUCUCCUGCCUGUGAGCUACGCCCUGGUCUUUGUGAUCGGCCUGGUGCUGAACACCACAGCGUUGUAUGUGAUUGUAUUCCGCAAAAAGAACUGGAAUCCAUCCACCAUCUAUAUGUUCAACCUGACCAUGUGUGACACUCUCUACAUCUUCACCCUGCCCUUCCUCAUCUACUACUACGCCGAUGAGAACGACUGGCCCUUCAGUCAACCCUUCUGCAAAGUGAUACGCUUCCUGUUUUAUUCUAACCUAUACGGUUCCAUAUUGUUCCUGUGCUGUAUCAGUCUGCAUCGCUUCGUUGGAAUUUGUUAUCCAGUCCACUCCCUGUACUGGGUCAGCGCUCGUCGGGCCCGCCUGGUGUCUGUGGCAGUGUGGGCCUUUGUGUUUUUCUGCCAGGCUCCUGUUCUCUACUUCUCAAGAACAAGGGAAACGGCCACUGGGCGGAUCUGCUACGACACCACCAGCCCGGAGCUGUUUGACGACUUCCUGGUGUACAGCUCUGUGGUGUCAGUGUUCAUGUUCUGCCUGCCCUUCAUGGUGGUGAUGGUGUGCUAUGGCCUUAUGGUGCGGAAGCUUCGGGAGUCAAGCUGGGGGUCUUCAGGCGGGGACGAAGGGGAGAGGGGAGGUCAGGCGGCCAAGCGGUGCAAGAAGAAGUCAGUGAAGAUGAUUAUCAUCGUACUGGCAAUGUUCAUGCUCUGCUUCCUCCCUUUCCACCUCACCAGGAGUCUUUACUACUCCUUCAGGUACCUGAGGCAGUCCAACCCAGCACAGCUCAGCUGUAGUUGGGUUGAGGCCUCCAGUAUUGCCUACAAGGUGACCCGACCUUUGGCCAGUGCCAACAGCUGCGUGGACCCCAUCCUUUACUUCCUGGCUGGGCAGGACGUCCGCAGUAACCUCACAAAGAAGAUCAGGUCAAAACAUGCAGGUGUGGGCCAGUUAUCGACCACACAAAUCUGA